UUCAUACAUAUAUGUACAUCGUAUGCACAGGGCAGACACAUGUCAUAUUAUUUCAUUUUUUUAUAAAACACUUCAGAAAUCGGAUGCUUGCGAUCCUUAAGCAAACAAAGUUUCCGGUUUACGAGAAGAGAUACAAUGAAAACUGUUCUAGGGAUCUGUCUUCUGCUUUUUGGUCAGGUGACUUCAGAAUUUUGCUUUGAUUACGCCAGAAAAAUGUGCCACAUAGCCAUGUCAACAGAUAAUCUUGAUACAGUGCGCUCCGAGUACUGCAGGCGUCUGUCGUAUUUUGAGAAAUGUUUUUCUGUCGUAUUUCCGGAAUGCAGUAAAUUUUUCCGUGCGAUAUAUAGUAUAAAUUACAUAGUGAGGGUAAAAAUUAUGUCCAAUACAGUCAAAGUCUCAACCUCUAUUAUGUCAUCAAUCUCAAAGUUACUAAUAUUUUUGAUAACAUCGCUCUGUUGGGAUUCAAGUCCACUGGUUGGUUAAAUCUCUACACUGAGUCCUGGAACAGGAAUAGAAAAAUAAAGAACGAAAUAAAGUGUUAUGCAGCUAAAGUCAUGUGUGUCGUAUUGUGUACCUUUGGUCAAGUAGCAGAAUGGAAAAUGCAUCGGUGUUUAGAUGCCAUUGAGAAAUUAAUUUCAGAUACAAUAAAUCUCAGCGAUUCUUUCUAGUU